AUGUCGCAAGACGCAUCUCGACGUAUAUCCAGCUCUCGGGUUGGCACCACUGAGAGCAUAGAGAGGCGGGACAGGCACUCCAAUGUGCCGUGGUUUCUUCGGGAGAGGACCGACACCUCAGAAAGGGGUCUCGUCGUCGCUCGGAGAGACAGGGACGUCCCCAGGCGCGCUCCAGGAGGCCCCGUUGAGCGGUAUAGCAGCUCGUACGACGGCGAUAGCGACGACAGUGUUGAUCAACACGCCAUUUAUAUUGACGAUCCCCCAUCCUGGUCUCCUUCAGGACCGAGAUCCACGUCACGAGAGAGAACUCGCAUUAUGAUUCGCGAGACCGAAGACGACUACGAAGAUGAACGUGAAUCUGGGCAGCGGCCCCUGCUUCGCGUCGACCCGCUCGCCCCACAGGAUGCCACAGUUCACCUGUCUCUUCCCUUGCAAGACGAUCUCGAGGACCUGCUCGAGGAGUGCGGGCGGCUGCGCAGACUUGGUCACUUCGCAGACGCCAUCGCGCUCUUCCAAAACCGGCUCAGCCACUUCUUCGACAACCGAUAUGUCCUCGUCCAGUACGCCCAAUGUCUCUUCGAGGGCGGCCAGUUUGCCCAGCUUGGGAAGCUGGCCGAAGAAAAGGCCCCACGGCGCUUGCCACAGCCUGAUGCUUUGCAGCUGAACUGGGACAUGCUGUUGCUGGCCGCCGAAAAGGGUCCUUACAAAAGCCAGUUCGAUAAUCACGAAGCACUCGACAUGCUUCCGGCAAUCAAGGAUAUCAUAACCGCUUCUUUGCCGAAGCUGGACUCCACCGAGUGCCAAGUAUUGGCCCUGCUUCCCCGGAUCGGUCUUCGGUUGGAAACCGUAGUGCCGCUGCCUCUCAUUGCCGCUCUCUACAAGAGUCUGGCCGAUCGGGGGAUGGUGUGGGAAUUCAAAGACGUACUCGAGAGUCAUUUGGCUAAUGCUUGGCCAUCCGGUGUUCUCACCUCGGCCACAGCGUCCUUUCCGCCACCUCCCCCACCACAUCAUCUCCAGCAGCAAGUCCGCUUGAGACAUUUGCGCGAGCUUUGGAGCACAGAUAGCGAAGAAGACGAGCCAACCCUCUUCGCCUUGCUGGAGAUGUUCACCGCCCUCGCCUUGCAGUCCCGGCGACUGGUGUCUUCUACGGCCCGCUCUUGGAGAGAUACGAUGAAGGACUGCAUGGAUGCCGCUAAUCAAUGCGGCUUUGCGCUUCUUGCCCUCGAUGAUUCUCACCUGAUGACUCGACCGUGUCUUCGAUGGCUCAUGGCCAAACAAAUGAUCAACGACGACAACGAACUCCUGUUCUUCGACCAGAUGACGGCCGGCGGCCGCAACAGCGUUUACUUCUCCCGGCUGGCCUUCCCCUCGGAUAAUCUGCCCAGAUACGACGCCUCACACGGCGCACUGCCCCAGUGGACCCCGAGGCCGGUGGCGCCCGGAAACGACUUCGCGUCCACGGCAGAGAUGGUGUUGCGAGCGGCUGACGAGCUGGGAGACCUCGACCUCCAGACCGGCUGCCUCAAAGAGCUGAUGUACCGGGGGGUACAACCCCCCGAGAAGGUCCUCGCCGAGCUCCGCAGUAUCUGGUCGGCGGCCGGGAACCAGAAGAUGCUGCCCUGGUUGAACCUGUUCCGCGCCCUGCUGGCCCACACACCCGCGCAGCGAGAAGAGCUCAAACGCGACCUCCUCCUCGAGAUCGAGACGGGGAACAGAAACCAGAUAGUCGAUCGCUUUUACCUCCUAGCCGUCCUCUCCCUCGAUCCGGCGCAACAAAAGGCCUACCUCAACAUGGCGCGAGCCACCGAUCCGGUCAACUACGUGGUCGUGCCCGACGAUCGCGAGCGGGACAUACGCGACUCGCAACGCGUCCACCCACCCCUAUUCGGCAGGUCCGUCGAGGAAAGAAGAUCCCGCAGCAGCGAGGUGACCAUGAAAGCCAGACCAGACUCAACCACUCGCGAUACCACACCGUCUUCUGCCGAACCCAUCAUUCUCACGACCAGGGAGACCAGGGAGAUCCCCAUCCGCUCGCCCCCGCCGCGAAAGCAGCCACGCCUCCCGCCACCAGCCCUGCCCACGCCGCCCCCCCUGGACCCGAGCCUCGGCGACGGCACCACCGCCACCAACCCGCGCGACCAACUGGCCCGCAUCAAAGCCGAGAUCGCGGACAUCGAGACCCAGCUGCGCAUGGCCGCCCGCGAGACGGAUCCGAGCGUGCUGCGCACGCUACACCACCGGUUGGCCACGCUCGGGGUGGAGCGAUACCGGCUGGAGAUGCAGCGGAUUUGGGACCGGGAGCGGGGGCGGGGGACGGAGGAGCCGGAGCGUGAGCGGGACCGGGAGCGGCCGAGGCAGAGGCAGCGGCAGAGGCACAGGCUGGGACAGGUGACUGUUGCGGGGGGAGGCGCUCAGGGCGGCGGCGGCGCCGCCGCCGCGCGUGAUGAUAAUGGUGGUGGUGGUGGUGGAGGUGGAGGUGGGCGCGGCGGGCUGCUGUCCCUGGAGGAGGAGGACGGGAGUGGGCCCGGGGAUGAGCCGCUGCUGAGGUAUCUGCGGCGGAGGACGACGGUGGAGGAUUAUCCGGGCGGCGCGUCGGAUCGGGGAGGGGAUGACGGGGAGGUGGGCAAGAAGACUGCGAAGAACGCUUCGGCGGCGGACUUGGACGGGACCCGGAAGGGGCCUUUGCUGCUGGAAUUCCCUGGGUACGGCAUGGAUCACCAUGGUGCCAAGCCCCUGGAGAACGGCAGCUCCGGCGCGAGGGCCCCCGGCUAG